CGAAGUCUUUCAUCACUAUAACAACACCACCAUAGCUGCUCUGCCAUUACCUUUGCUUUCCUUCACCACUACCAGCAGCCAUCUCCACCAUUUCUAACAAGCCUACAUAAACACGCACACACCCAUCACCCAAGCGCAAACACCAGCACCGCAAGAUGAAGUCCACUUUCUUCGCCGUCUCCACCCUCUGCAGCCUUGCAGCCGCUGUCCCCCAAUACGGUCCGCCAGCCGGCGUGUCCUCCAACUGGGCGGGAUGGGCAAGCGACAACGGCUGGCCGACGGCGACCUCCGCCUGGUCUAGCCUCGCAAGCGAGUUCAGCAGCUACACCCACGCCGCCAGCAUCUCCUCAUGGCCAACGGCGUCGUCGCAAUGGGCAAGCAUAACCAGCUCUCACCCGCUUCCUAGCGGUCUGAGCAGCUUGGCGAGCUCGUGGGCGAGCAUGACGACCGGCGCGCCGAACUUUCCAUGGCAAAACACAAACUCCAGCGGCUGGUCUCCGGCGCGUGGUGGUCCGUUCGGUCCUGGCGGCUAUGGUCCGUGGGCGAGCACUGGGUCGUGGACUACUGGUCCAUGGACUUCUUGGUGGGGUAGCGAGUGCCCACCCUCGACAUGGAGCGGAUGGACGUCAGGCCCGUGGAGCACGAACGCUCCUUGGACAUCUUGGACUGCUUGCUCGGCAUCCACCACCGCCACUUCAGUUGUCUCCAACACAAUUACCUCCAACGGCCAGACUACCGUCACCGUAACCACAGCAUACGGCGUUCAGCUUGCGCAGGCUACUAACGCCGCAUCUUCCGGCUCCACUACCACUUCAGGUUCCGGCGCUAUGCCAACUGACUUCAAGCUCGUGGGCGCUGCAGCUGGUAUGGUCGGUGUUGUCGCUGGCGCACUCCUCAUGUAACGCAGUCAAUAUUGCCAAUGAAGGACGGAGAAUCAUUGCUUUGGAGUACGUGUUGGGAUACCCAGGCUUAGGCUUUCAGGCUUCGAUGUUUGGAAGGGUGCAUUCACUUCCUGACUCCCACAGCUGGCGGUCAUGGACUUGACGACGAGAUGAUUGUAUAGACUGUAAUUGUGACGAUGGUUUCGAUGAGUGCCUCUGUCCUGUGGCUUUGUCUCGUACUGCAAGUCUUAAUACCAGCCCAUUACGUGGAAACUAGUUCUUCGGUACUAACGCC